AUGGAGAACAAAGUCUUCUGGCAGAUUUCUAAUGGGGAGAAAGUUCAUAUUUUAAAGGAUCCAUGGCUUGUUCAACAAUUGGAUCAUUUAAUUAGCAAUCGUUCUCCUAUGCCAUGUGAGAUUGAUCAUGUUUUUGACUUAAUAAUUCCUCAUUCAAGGUCAUGGAACGUCCCUCUUUUACAUGAAUUAUUUCCUCCUGAUAUUGUUGAAUGUAUCACUGCAAUUUAUCUAAAUUCUGAGGUCGACAUGGAAGACAAAUUGGUUUGGACAGGGAAUGCUUCAGGGAAAUUCUCCACUAAAUCAUGUUAUAUGGGGUUAUUGAAUAACCGUCCUUCCACAUCAACUAUGUCUGCUUUCCCUUGGAAAAUAUUUUGGUCUUUUUCUAUUAUCUUGCCAAAGAUCCACAUUUUCAUAUGGAAGAUUAUUCACAAUGGAAUUGCAGUUAAGGUUAAUAUCAGCAGAUUCAUCCCAAAUAUUGAUACUACUUGUCGUUUCUGUCAUCAACAGAAAGAAUCUACUCUUCACUUAUUAUUCUUAUGCCCAAGGUCAAGAAUGGUUUUGAAUGAUACUACUCUGAAUUCGUCCGCAGAUGUCUUGGAGGCCACUUUCUGUGAGACUAUGAUUAUUCGAAAAGCACGACAAAAUUUUAAUCUGUGCAUAUCUGAAGGUGAAACAAGUCGUGUAAACACUGGUCUGUCUCAUAGGACUGGUAUUUGGGAACCUCCAGAGAAUAACUACAUCAAAAUCAAUAUAGAUGCAGCCUUUAUCCCAAACAAUGGAGCAGCCGGGGCUGUUGCUAGGGAUCAUAAUGGUAUGUUUUUGGGGUGUGGCACAAUCACUUUUGAUGCUACUUCUUCUUUAUUGGCUGAAUCUAUCGCAUGUAAAUUGGGUAUGAAGUUGGGACAAAGAUUUAGUUUUUACAGGAUCAUAAUUGAAGGCGACGCAACUAAUGUUACUGAUACUGUUUUAGGUGAUUCUAGAAACAUUCCAUGGUGCAUAAACUCUGUGAUUCACCAAAUUAGAGAUGCUGGUAACUCUUUUGUCGAUGUAAAAUUUGUUUAUGUUCCAAAAGCGCUAAUAAUUUGGCUCACUCUUUAUGCCAAUUUGCAAUGCACAAUCAUGUAA